AUGAGAGCCGGGGGAGGAAAAGGAACUGGCGAUGGCACGAAAACUACCAGCCAAGAGAUUGACCAAAAAGAAUUAGAAGGACAGGAAAAUGAAGAUGAAACUUUUGAAGAACAAGAAUUAGAUUUAGAAAACAUUGAGCAAGAACAAACCGCCCAAGGUUUAGGAGAAAGAAGCAAAGAAACAGCCCAAGAAAAAGAACGAGAGCAAGAGAAAGAAACUGAGCAAGAACAAGAAGAGGAAAAAGCCCAAGAGCAAGAAAACGAAGACGAAAAGGAAACUGAGAAAGAAAAAGAAAAGGAGAAAGAAGAAACCCAAGAGCAGGAAAAGCCACAAGAACAAGAGCAAGAAAAACCCGAAUCCGAAGACGAAUAUGAGCCGGAGGAUGAAUUGCUUUGGAAAGCCGUCGGUAAAAAUUAUGAUAUGUCAGAAUCUAAUAAGUGUAAAAAUUGUCAAAACAAACUAGGAGAUGCCUAUUAUGAAAUUAUCAUCGGCGAUAAAAUUGCUAGGCAACAUAAUGAAGCCCAGAAACAAUUUAAGAAAGAAGAAGCCGUAAUUAUCAAAACAACUCACUAUGAAAGUUGUUUAACAGAUAGUUUACUAGAAAUUUAUGAGAACUAUCCUUUAGAGUUAAGGAGCGAAACAGUCGAGCUAGACAUUAGAAACAGAAACCUUCAAGGCUCUUUAAAGUUAAAAGAGUUCGCUAAUUUGAAAAAAUUGAAUUGUGCGAACAAUCAACUUACUGAAUUAGACUUAAGUGACUGUCCAAACCUAGAAAAGUUAGAAUGUUGUGAUAAUCAGUUAAUUGAUUUAGAAUUUUUAAAUAAUUUAAAUCAGAAAAAAAUGAUAAACCUUGAAAUCAGCAACAAUAAUUUUUCUAACAAUUGUGACUUAAAUCUUUUGAGUAGUUUUGUGAAUUUAAAAGAGUUGGGACUAGGCAACAAAAAUGAUAGUUACGAAAGAAUCCGGCAAGGAGUUUAUAAUCGUUUUAUUGGUUCCUUAGAACCUUUGAAAAAUAUGAAUAAGUUAGAAAAACUUGAUAUUUCAAACACUGACAUUAAUAGUGGGUUGGAAUAUUUGCCUGAUAAGUUAGAAAUUUUUUAUUGUUUAACAAGCGAAAGACCAGAAGCUAAAGUAAAAGCUAUUUAUAACUUAUUUGCUAAUGAAAAAGGAAUAGUGGAAGAAGAGGAAUUAAUUGGAUCAAUAAAAGAUUUCCCUCAAAAACUUCAAAAAUAUAAAACAAGUCUUCAAAUCCCCCAAAUUAAAGCAGAAAUAGAUAAAAUUCUUGCUACUAAUAACUUUAAUUCUGAGCAAUUAGUUCAGCAACUAAUUAGUGAUAAUCAUGCUAAUACAACGAUUGAAAACCUAAAAAAAGUCCAAAAUCUAGAAAAACAAAAACAAGAAGAACUCCGCCAAGCCGAAAUAAGAAGAAUCUUAACCACUCUUAUCUCGGUAGAAAGACUAUAUACUAUACGUCGAGUUAUGGAUAGAUUUCUUGAACCUAACCGAGGAGUUCUAAUAGCUAGUGGAGUUCAAUUAAUCCGAGAGGUGUUUAUCUCCAACUUAGUAGAAAGGCACGAAAGCAAUAAAUUAAAACAAAGUUUAUUUGCUGAAGAUGCAGAAGAUAUUUGA